AUGUCGAUACCAAUCUUGGUAUUCGGUAGCAUCGCCUUAUAUAACGUCCUGGAACUCAACUACAUGAUCGUUAUAACAUUCAGGAGGAGGAAAAGCGUAUAUUUUUGGAGUCUGAUCGUCGCGACUUGGGGCAUUGCAGUCAAUGCUAUUGGUUACCUCCUGGAGCACCUUCACCUCAUCUCAGACGAGUGGGUCUACUCGACCCUCAUCUGCGUUGGAUGGAUCUGCAUGGUGACGGGGCAAUCGGUCGUCCUCUAUUCAAGGCUACAUCUGGUCAUGUCUGACGACAGAUGGCGCCAUGCCGUUUUGUACAUGAUCAUCUUCAACGCCAUCGCUAUGCACGUUCCAGUGGUGGUGCUUGUAUACGGCUCGAAUUCAGACAGUCCGAACCCGUACUUCAAGGCAUAUUCGAUAUACGAGAAGAUCCAGUUGAGUGUGUUCUUCAUUCAGGAGUGCAUCAUCUCUGGCCUCUACGUUUGGGAAACAACGAAGCUGCUGCGCGUGACCAAGGAUAUCCGCGGCAAACGGGGCGCCCGCCGAGUAAUGGGCCAUUUGAUCUUCGUCAAUAUCGUGGUUAUUAUCCUCGACAUCAGCGUGCUCGCGCUGGAGUUCUCAGAUUUCUAUACCUUGCAGACCGGCUACAAACCGCUCGUGUACAGCAUCAAGCUGAAGAUGGAGCUCAGCAUCCUCAACCGGCUGGUGGAGCUCACUCGCGCAAACUCACAAGCGAGCUUAUACUUCUCCAACAGCAACAGCAACGGCCUGGAGCACUCCAUCAACCUCGACACAUUCAAC